AUGAAGACAUCCGCCAUCCUCGCCGGCCUAGCCGCCUCCGCGGCCACCGCCGUUCUCGAGCCAGGCAUGCCGCAGCACCUCCUCUCCAACCCCGAGGGCGGUGCCGACGUAAACCGCAUUCCGACUUCAUAUGAGUCCGCAGUGAUGGGCCGCCGCAUUCUCGCCGUGACCAAGCUGGCCGAGCUCGCGACCGUCUUCCCGACCGGCGCUCACUCUGCCUCGGGCGGUGACCUCUCCGGCAUGCCCAUCGGUCUCAUGGACUACGUCGCCGACUGCGAGGACGAGGGCAACCCCACCAUCCUGGCCAUCACCAUCGCCACGUCCUUCAAGAACGUCCGCGCCGGCUCCAACAUCUCCCUCUCCAUGCACUGGGUCCCGCCCUUCCCGCCCGCGAAGCGCAUCUCCCUCUUCUCCUCGCUCAAGAACAGAAUUUUUGGCUCCUCCGACGCCGACGCGGCCACCGCUCUCCCCGACACGGUCCCCUACUCCGCCGCCAACCUCCCUCGCUUCUCUCUCCUCGGCUACCUUGAGAAGAUCCCCGCCGACCCCGUCUCCUCCCUCAAGCUCGCCCACUGCUUCGUCAACAAGCACCCGGACUCCAAGUACUGGCUCCCCGGCAGCCCCGUCCACGAAUCAGAGUGGGUUCGCUUCGUCGUCACAUCCGUCUACUGGAUUGGCGGCUUCGGUGACCGUGCCUACAUUGGCUGGAUCCCCCUCGAGGAGUGGCAGAAGGUCACCAAGGAGGAGUACGAGUCCAUUGAGCUCCCUGGCGAGAAGCGCGGCUGGAAGGAGUGGAGCGUCAACAGCUGGUUCGACGGCAAGGACCUUUGA